UAGGUUUUGUGGCCUGAAACUGGGCUUGAAUCCGCCGGAUCCCCGGAAUCUGUUGAAUCUGCCCUGCUGGAGGCUGCAGUGCUUGAGGAAGCUUGGAGCGGAGCCUGGGCAACGGCCCAGGAGCUCUGGAUGCUGGAACCAGGCCCCGGUGGGUGAGCCACGGCCGCUGCCCCUCGCGGGAGACCUGAAUAGCCUUCCCAGCCCCUCGCCAUGGGGGACAUGAAGACCCCGGAUUUCGACGACCUCUUGGCGGCCUUCGACAUCCCCGACAUCGACACCAGCGAGGCCAUCCAUUCGGGCCACGAGGAGGCCGAGCCUCCCGUCCGCCCCGUCCCCGUGGAGGUGCCCGGCCCCGAGCCCGCCCUGCCGCACGCUGACAUCACCACCGUUAGCGUCAUCGUGAAGAACACCGUCUGCCCUGAGCAGCUGGAGCCGGCGGACGGGCGGCUCAAGGACAGCUCCCGCUUGCUGCAGAACGGCUUUGCGGCCCCCGAGGCGGCCCGGGGCUCCCCGGCCUCCUCGGCAGAAGCCGUGGCCCCCACCAACGGGGAGUGUUGGGCCCUGAAGGAGAAGGCCCCCAAGAGCCUGGACCUCUUCUCCCCCUUCAGCCCCCAGCCCCCCAAGGACGGGGAGGCAGACCUGAUCGACCAGCCGCGGGGAUGCCAGGCGAGGGAGGUAGGGCCGGCCCUCCCCCCGGCGCCCCUCUUGUCCGCUGCCCCCUCCCUGGAUGGUCCUGGGCCCCUCGAGGAGAGCCUGGGACCCUCGCCCCCUCCGGCCUUCCCUCCGGCCUUUGAACCCUGCCCUCCCGGCGGGAUGGGCCUCUUGCUGACCCCCCCUCCUCCCCCUCCCCCGGCUGCUCCUCCCGUGAUCAAGCAGGAGGUCGACUGCAAGGGGCCUUGCCAGGGCUCCAGCCCGCUGGGGCAGCCCAAGUCCGCCGCCUCCUGCUACUCCACGGAGACCUCCCCCGGCGUCCCCUGGCCGGGCUCCGAGGCCGACCUGCAGGGAGAGCUGGGCGGCCUGGCCGACAUCAAGCAACGCCUCUCCAGCCCCCGGGAGCAGCUCUUCCAGGGCUCCCCACCCACGGGAGCCAGUCCGGGGCCCGGGGCCUCCCCAAGGCCCCCCGGCGGCGAUGGGUCCCUAAAGGAAGAGCCGGUGGAGAAACCGCUGCAGGGCCUGCCAGGCCCGCCCAGUGCGGGGGAGGAGGAGGAGGGGGAGGAGGAGGAGGAAGGGGAGGAGCAGAGCCCCGGGUCCCCCUCGUCCGGCUCCUCGCGGCCCCUCAAGGUCCGCAUCAAGACCAUCAAGACGUCCUCGGGAAGCAUCACCCGGACGGUGACCAGAGUCUCCUCCGACGCUGACCCAGCCACCGCCAAACUCUCCUGCAGUCCGGGAGCCCCGGAGAGCCCGGGGGCCGUUGCCGCCCAGAAGGAAGAGCCCGCUCCGGAGACCCCCGGCCCGAAGGCCCCGGCCAAGGCGGCUGAAGCCCCCCAGGUGGUCAGCGUCCAGCUGGGCGACGGCACCAAGCUGAAGGGGACCGUGCUGCCGGCCUCCCCCAUCCAGAGCGCCAGCAGCGCCAUGCUGAUGGCGGCCAGUGUGGCCCAGCAGAAGGCGGUGGUGCUGCCCAGCAAGGCCCUGGCCAAGAGCAUCCUCAGCCUGGUGCCCCAGGCCCUCCCCAAGGCGGCCCCCGAGGCCAGGGGCCCCGCCCUGCCCGCCCCCGCCAGCCAGAAGGUGAACGGCACCACGGUGGUGGUCAUGCAGCCGCAGAAGGCCCCUCCCCCCGUGGCCGGCACGGUCAUCUCCCGCAGCCAGUCCAGCCUGGUGGAGGCCUUCAACCGCAUCCUCAACAGCAAGAACCUGCUGCCCCCCUACAAGCCCAACCUGCUGCCCCCGGCCGAGUCCAGCCUGGCCCUGCCGCCGCUGGGCUACCGCUGCCUGGAGUGUGGCGACGCCUUUGCCCUGGAGCGGAGCCUGGCCCGGCACUACGACCGGCGCAGCCUGCGGGUGGAGGUGACCUGCAACCACUGCGCCCGGCGGCUGGUCUUCUUCAACAAGUGCAGCCUGCUGCUCCACGCCCGCGAGCACAAGGACAAGGGGCUGGUCAUGCAGUGCUCCCACCUGGUCAUGCGGCCCAUCGCCCUCGACCAGAUGGUGGGCCAGCCGGACGUGGCCCCGCUCCUCCCCCUGGCCGCCCUCAGCCAGGCCGGGAAGGCCCCCACCGCCUCCCCGGCCGGACUCGCCCCGGACGUCGGCGUGGCCAACGGGGGCGCCGGCCAGGACCUGCCCGUCCUGCCCCUGGGCAGCGGCGGCAGCGGCAACAUCGGCGGCGGCAGCACCGACCAGCCGGCGGCGCCCAACUCCUGCCAGUGCCUGGAAUGCAAGGAGCAGUGCAAGGACAAGGCCGGGCUGGCCGCCCACUUCCAGCAGGCCGGGAGCACCCCCUCCACGGUGUGCCCCAGCUGCCCGAUGAUCAUGGCCAACCGCUGCAGCUUCAGCGCCCACCAGCGCAUGCACAAGAGCCGCGCCCCCCACGUCUGCCCCGAGUGCGGCGGGAACUUCCUCCUGGCCAACUUCGAUGCCCACCUGAAGGACGCCUGCCUCCACUUCUCCCGGAGGAUCGGCUACAGGUGCCCCAGCUGCUCCGUCGUCUUUGGGGGGGUGAACUCCAUCAAGUCCCACAUCCAGGCGUCGCACUGCGAGGUCUUCCACAAGUGCCCCGUCUGCCCCAUGGCCUUCAAGUCGGCCCCCAGCGCCCACGGCCACAUCUACACCCAGCACCCGGGCUUCAGCAGCCAGCAGUCUAAAAUGAUCUACAAGUGCGCCAUGUGCGACACGGUCUUCACCCACAAGCCGCUGCUCUCCUCCCACUUCGACCAGCACCUGGUCAACCAGAGGGUCAGCGUCUUCAAGUGCCCCGACUGCCCCCUGCUCUUCGCCCAGAAGAGGACCAUGCUGGAGCACCUCAAGAACAACCACCAGCAGCAGCAGCAGCAGAAGCCCAAGGAGGAAGCGGUCAAGAAGCCGGCCCCCUCCGCGCCGCCCAAGCCGGCCCCGGCCGAGGAGGAGCCCCCGCCACCCGUCCCCAAGGUGGCCUCCUCCUCUUCUUCCUCUUCUUCCUCCUCCUCCUCGGAGGACGACCCCCCCAGCUCCCCCGAGCUGCGCAAGAGCAAACGGGGCCGGUUCCAGCGCAAGGCGGAGAUGGGCCGGCGGUCGCGGAGCAACGGGUGGACCUGCGGCAUCUGCCACUCCUGGUUCCCCGAGAGGGACGAGUACGUGGUGCACAUGAAGAAGGUCCACGGGAAGUGCGUGAAGAAGUUCCCCUGCCACCUGUGUGAGCGCUCCUUCUGCUCCGCCCCCAGCCUGCGCAGGCACAUCCGGGUGAACCACGAGGGCAUCAAGAGGGUCUACCCCUGCAGGUAUUGCACAGAGGGGAAACGCACCUUCAGCAGCCGACUCAUCCUGGAGAAGCACAUCCAGGUGCGGCACGGGAUCAAGGUGACCGAUGCCAACCGGAGCGAGGAGGUGCUGGCCACCCGCCUGGGCUCCAGGAACUCCCAGGCCUCCAGCCGGAAGCGCAAGCUCUCCUCGGACGAGGGUGACUCGUGCAGCGAAGAGCCGGACAGUACCACCCCGCCCUCCAAGACCCCCAAGGGCAGCCGCCGGUCCCCCUACCACUGCCGGAAGUGCGGCUACGUGGCCCCCACGGCGGCCGACUUCCAGGAGCACAUCCCCCGCCACCGGACAGGCGAGAACGCCCACCAGUGCCACGAGUGCGGACUCUGCUUCACCUCCCAGGUCUCCCUCAGCCGCCACCGCUUCAUCACCCACAAGAAGAAGCGGGGUGAGGGGGAGGCCAGGGGGCCCCGGGGCGGCCCCGAGGAAGGCUCCCCCUUGGCCCCGGAGGGCAGCCUCUCCUGCACCGUCUGCGGCAAGGCCUUCGACACCCAGCUCAACCUCAAGACCCACUUCCGCACCCACGGCAUGGCCUUCAUCAAGGCCCGACAGACCGGGGGGGCCGAGAACUAGCCGGGCCCCGCAGCCACCUCGGAUGAG